AAACUAAAACAGCAGGUUAAACUUUAACCCAGGGUUAGCGCUAACCCACCUUUGAACAACCGGCACUGGAGUGCCAAUCAUUGCAUUUCCCGCAACGCAUGGAUAGGUCAUGAUAUAUACACAUUUGCUCUCGAAAAUUUCGUUCUCUUAAUAUAUUAAAAAUACUUUAUCUCACUUUUCAGGCGUACAAACGUAAAGUGUUUAAACUCCAGAAUGACAUAAUCUUUGCUAAGAAAGAAUACCACACAGCGUUAAGAAAUCUCGAAGUAAUUAGUGAUUCAAUUCAUGAACGACGGAGCAGCGGGAUGAAUUUACUCGAACCACGUGGUCAGGGGGUUGGUGCCGAGAAUCCAGAUGGAGCUUGCAUGGUUGAUUACAAGAGUGACCGAGUGAAAUAUGGUCCUGGAUACGAGGUUGUCGUCAAUUCCCCUAGGACUACUGAACGCCGUAUUGUAAAUGAAGUGACCUCAGAAUUAGAGAGUGCUAUAAAAUCACUCAAGUUGCAAGGUUCUGCAUCGGAACAAGACCGAGAUUGCACACCCGAUGGUGGGCAAGACUUGUUUGGGGAAAUUACUUUAAGUUCCAGUGAUAGUGACAAUAGUAGUUGUGAUGGUACUUCAUGUAAUAUCCCUGUCACUCCUCCUACAAAACGAGAAGGAUCUACAGCAAUGGAAGCUAAACUCUUUGUAACUCCGCCAUCUGCUGAAAACUCUGACGAUGAUUUUGAUACGGGACCAAUAAGACUAGAGAAAUGGUUCUUUUUUAGUCCAGUGCCAGAUAAAAACAGCGAAGCUAUAGAAACGAAUGAAACGUAGUCUUGGUAGGGUGAUGUAAGUAAUUCUUAAUGUACUCGAUUGAUAUGUAUGGUGUUAUCUCAUACUCAAUAAUUCAUGAGAAUUUUACUCAAACUACAUACCAUGUACCUGAUAAGUACGCUGACCAUUGAAAAACUCAUCUUGUAUAUGAAUCUCAACUGAGUCGAACCUGGAAGGUGGUAUCUCGUGAUUCUGACUGAGGAACAUUUUGUCGGAGUAACAUGAUUCAGAAACCAGGGAUAGGGGAAUCAUGGACAUAGCCAUAGGGAAAUAGUAGUGAAGUGUUUUCCAAUAUUCACAUUGUCAGUGCACGGUCAAAUUUCCCGUUUAUUUCACUCACUUUUGAGGAACUUCUUUCAUAGACAAAAAUGUUUUUCACGAAUUUCUCUGGUGUUGCAAUUUCUAGAUGUUUUAAUACUGUGAUCAAACACGCAGAAUGACUGAAUGAGUUUUUGAAAUGGUAAAUGAAAGACAAACCAUUCAAGGGACCAUCGAAUCGUAUUUUUUAUUAAACUUAAAUAUUUAUACUUUAAUAUUAUUUUCGUUAUUAUACUGACAUAAAGAAUCUGUCCUGCUAAUCUUUCUCGUCUUGGCUUUGGGAUUUUUUGAAUUCUGGUGGCUCGGACAUUUUUCGUUUUAUCACCAAAAAACCACAAUUUGAGUGUGAGUUUCUCGUUUCCUACCAUCUUUUCGUGAAUUUAAGACUGAGAGCGAAAAUUAGUAAAACGCUAAUUUAAGAAAUGUAGUGUACAGGACUUCACUGGAGUUUGAAUGCAAUUCUCAUAAGAUGAAUUAUUUUCAUUAAAAUGAUGUAAAUAUAAUGAUGUAAAUUAUUUAAAUGACUUAGGUGUAAUGCUUAUAUACAUCGCAGUUAGUGGGUGUGCUAUGUGUAAUUUGUAAAAUAUUUAUGGAUUAUGAGAAUGGGUAUAUAGAUUAAAAUAGGCUAUUUAUAUUUAUUAAAGAAAUGAGAUUUUACUAUGUGCUUUUUUACAUGGUUGUUAGACAUGGAUGGUUGAUUAGUG